AGGAAAUAGAUCCCCGGGAAACAAUAUCUACAUGUAGGUAGUUCCGCUUGGAAAUACAGCAUCCAAUGCAGUCUUUUGCAGCUGGUAAGGGGGUCGAUUGGUGAUCAAUUGCAGGGGGCAGGAACGCGUGGACUCGCUUAUUGGGAACCAUAACAGCCAUCUACAUCUAUAACGACUGAUACAUAGUAUAACGAGCAGCCCGCGAUUGCACAUAAUCCCGACGAGCUGACUUGUUCAGCGUUUAAUGUGGACGUGAUGGAGAAAAUCGAGGAGUCGUCGCCUCUCCGGAUCACCCCAACCGUGCAGGCGCUGAGCUUUGCUCUGAGGGGGAAGCGUCCCAAUACUCCCGGUGCCCACAGCGGUCGGGGUCCGGGCGAUGUGGACAAAUCUGGGGGUGAACCGGCGGACAAGCUGUGGUUCAAGGAGAGCAGCGCCAAGAACCUGCGGAACCGAGAUUUCCUCUCGCCGACCACGAUGCUCAACACGCUGUACGCUGACGGACAGGUACCCCCCACGGUCAUGUCCCGGGUGCUCUCCCUGCGCGGGGGCGGGGUCCUGCCCCUGGCGGGGGCCGAGGUCAUGGGGGAGGGGCUGCGGCUGAGGGUGGACCGCGCGGCGUCCUUCGGGGCCGUCCUGGCGGGCGGGGCCAGCGAGUACAUGAAGCCCUCGGUGCAGAGGCAGGGCCGCGUGGUCAUCAACUGCCCCGCGCUGCACCCACGGCCCAGCGGCCCCUCCCCCGCCACGCUGACGCUGGGCCAGCUGAGGACCGUGCUGGUGGCCGACCACACGGGGGCGCUGCUGAGAAGACAAGGGCUCACCGUGUCCUACUGCCCCGUGCUCCCCGAGGGGAGUGACGUCAUGGCCUUCCUCCACACGCUGGGCGUGGACUGGCCGACGGUGCCGGCCAGCUGGAGCGGGGCGCAGCGGGAGGAGAAGGUGCAGGAGGCGCUGGCGGGCUCCCCCUACCGGGAGGAGGACGAGCCGGGCCAGAGGAGAGGCGGUGGGGGGAGCCGGGGGGAGGAGGAGGAGGAGGAGGAGGAGGAGCAGCAGGGGGGAAGAGAGAAGGACGGAGCGCUGCGGGUCAACCUGAAGAGGGUGUUCCAGGAGGAGGGGCUGGCGGGCUACGACCCCAGCCUCGGCACCUGCACAGUACAACGAGACAGUGUGUCCCACUUGGCACAGCUGGAGCAUGCUGCAGCAGACUGCAAGGAAACCAUGGCAACAGUGCUGCAUGUGAUGUCCUGUCGGGACGAGUUCCGUCAGCAGCAGAUAGCCAUGUUGUGGAGAGCUUCAGGCGCCACACACACACAGAGACAUGUGGUGUGUGGGCCUGUGAAGACACCUGGCACAAACCUUACCGCUGAACAGUACCUCCAGCUGAGGAGAGGGCAGAUGAAGGACGCCUCAGAGAUGAAGUAUGGAGACCAGGUGGAAGGUCGGACAUGGGAUGACAUCAUCAGGGUCAUGACCUCUGCCACCAUCCGAUUCGAGCUGCUGUCAACUGUGCACACCAGUCCUGUCACAUUGGAUCUGCAGAGGGAAGGGGGCGUGUCCACCAAGGGGCCGAGGGGCGGGGUCUUUGUGAUGUAUAACUGUGCCAGACUUCACACGCUGUUUGACAGCUACGAGAGGGGGGUGGAGAAAGGACUGUAUCCAGAGAUACCAGAAGCUUCACAGCUUGAUUUCUCUGCUCUUAAAGAAGAGGGUGAGUGGAUUCUCCUCUUCAAUUACCUCAUCCCGUUCUCUGAGCUCCUGGACCAAUCGGGACAGUCUUUGGACUGUGAGGGGGGAGGGGCCAGAGUUAACAUUAAGACUGAACAGGUGUGCAAGUUCCUGGUGGCCCUCAGUAAAGACUUCAGCUCGUACUACAACAGAGUCCACGUACUUGGGGAGCCCCUGCCUCACCUCUUCAACCAGAUGCUGUGUCGUCUGCGGAUGUUGCGGGCGCUGACUGAUCUCUACCACAGCGCACUGGGGACCCUGCACCUCCCCCCCAUUAGGCAGCUAUAGCCGACCCCAUGCAGCCCUGAGCAGAGCAGUAUCUGGCGACUACUACUACUACUACUACUACUACUACUUCCACUACGACACUCUUCUCGUCUGUAAGUGAACAAUUGAUCUUUUAGGUUGGUGUUGGACGCCCCAUCCCCACCAGUCGCUUCACCAAGAAGAUGAAUCGAUAUGAUUUCCUUUUGCCCUCAAGCUCUACCCACCUAGAUGACACACUGCCGCCUAAUAAAGCACUCGUAAAACGUUGGCUCCCAAAGUACGAAGCGGUUUAUUUGGCCUUUCUUAGCCCCCCGGCUGCCUUUAAGAUAUUACUUCUGCCACUUAUUGCCAAAUAUUAAAGAGUUUUAACAAAUAUUGAGGCCAAGUUUUGCCGUUUUUAAAGACCAAUAUGUGUCUCGAUUUUAUUAUGCUACCCCUUAAUUACCCCUCACCCAUUCAUUAAACCUCUUCACCCUCUAUGCACAAUUUCUUGUUUCCACCUGACUAUUUCCACAGCAGGCUAGCAUGCUAAAGCAGACCUAGUCAGCAGUCAAUACUUCCCACCCACAGCUUAGCUUCUCUUAGCUCCCUAGCUACUCCUUGCUAUCGUUAGCUUGCCUAGCGUAAACCUGGUUUUGUCUUGAGCUUUGUCAAACUCCAAAUUCACCGCUUUUAUCACUCCCAAUUUAGCAUUAACGUAUAACCUUUAAGGAUAAAUAAGAGGAUUCUUUAAGUUUUAUCUGAUACCCACGAACCAUUUCCCUCGAUUUUCCACACCGUAUAGAAGUUGACCUUGUAUUUGAGGAUGACCUACAUAUAUAUUAGAAAUAUUUAUUGUUGGUUUCAAAAUAAUUGUACAGAAUUUUGCUUAUUUAAGUCUUAAUGCUCUAUUCCUUGAGAUAAUUAUAUUGACGUACUCUCCUCUUGCUGUGGUCAAACAAUUGCCAAAUGUUUUUUGCUAUCAAGCUUGUUUGUAUCAUGAAUCCAAUGGGGUUCUACACACGAUUGAAAGGUAGUCACGAUUAAAGACCAGUAUUGGGGGAAAUGUGCCAUAUUGGUAGAGAAAAAUGCAUGAGGAGAAUAUGAAUUAUAUUAAGCCUUGUCUCCCAAAAUGUGAUUUUCAGCUGUUGGUUUUGGUUUUGUUAAGUUCUCUAAAAGUGUAUUACAGUUUGAACUGAUGAAGUGUCCUAUUUACCUUUCUUUUUUUUUUAAAAAACAUUCACAUUCUAUGAUUUCUCAGAGAAGAUGCCUUUUUGUGGCACAAGUCUUUCUUUGUGUAUCCAUGUCUGCCAAUGUCUGACGUCACUUAUGUUGAAUGAACCAAAUGGUGCUCUCUCUGUGGGAAAGUUGACUUUAGAUUGGAGGGUAUUUUCAGUGGAGGAAAGGAAUGUUCUGUUAAAAGCUUGCUAGUGUUAUCUCCUAUACCCUGUUCCCUACCAUGUGCUGGAUGCUAUUAUGAAUACAGGGUAGAGAAUGAAAUGGUCAUUCUCAUUCACUGCUCAUGUUGUACUGCAUGCAUCUUAUAUAUAUAUGUUAGGUUGAACACCCCGCAUGCAUCACAGAACAGUCCUCCUCACACACACACACACACACACACGCAGAUACAGACAGGCAGACGAACUCUUCAGGAUACUGCUGGUUAGCUCACUGGUUUUUCCAAAACGGCAAAGUGUCCAUUCAAAUAACCAGGAUGUCUGCCAACUUAAAAGCUAUGUGAACAUUUUGUAGUACAGAAUUAUAUUGUUGUUGCCUAUCUUAAGAAGAAUAACCCUCAUGAUUAUCUGAGCCUUGAGUUCAUGAAGUUGACUAUAUAUUGUUGUAGUAUUUACACAAAUAGGAGCAUCACCGUUGCAUUGAAUAACGGCACCUGCAACAAUCAAUGAAAUCAUUCAACACUUGACGGCAUCUCGCUAACGUGUAAACUAAGGACCAGUAAACACAUUUCCACAUCUA